AAUUGCCCAUUGAAAAAUGGCGCUGUAAGCUGCCGUCGUGUGUGUUUUCUGGUCAACGUCCGUAGGCCUUUCCUCGAAGGUGCCGCAGAGACUCGCCGCCAGUGAUCGUGGUGGGCUCGUCGGGCGCCUUCGAGGAAACCCCCCACAAUGCCAAAAGUCGUCGAGAACAUGCAGCUUGGCUUUGCUGGCUGUCGCACCGCUUUUCGAAGGUGUUGCCGAUGGCUGACGUGCAGUGGGAGUGUCCCUGGUAGAGAGCCUCGCGAUCAGUACGAGGUGCUGUGCUUGGGUCUCACGGGUGCAGGCAAGUCUACAGCCCUGGCCACACUGGUGGGGGAGCCUUGGGAUGCCCUAGAGCCCACCACGGGCUUCAACAUUAAGACGCUGCCAGUUAAUGACACUGUGCUCAAUAUCAAGGAACUGGGUGGCUCGGUACGUCCAUUCUGGCAGGAGUAUUUUGGGGACGCACAUGGAGUGUUGUUCGUGCUGGAUGGCACUGGUGGCGAAGCCUCCUUACAGGCAUCUCGCCAGACCUUGGCAGAAGUGCUGCCGCAGCUGAAGGGACGCCCCUGUGUUGUGCUGGCCACCCACGCCGACCUUUCUGGCUGCGCUACUCAAGCACAGGUGGAGCAACUGCUUGAAGGUCUGAUGCAUGGUCGAAAAUCGGCGGUGUUGUCGUGUUCCCGGGGCCAGCGUCAGGAAGUGCUCAAGGCACUUGAAAUGCUCACUGGUUACAUGACAGCAUCCAUCAAGUAGCAUCGAGCCACAGACGCGCCUGUAUGAAAUGCUCAAGGGCGGUGCUUGGCCUCACCCCCACCGUACCAACAGAUGUGUUGCGAACAGAUGUAUUCCUCACCACCCUGACCAUCAUCCUCCGGCACAGUUGUGUUUCCUGUGACGAAACUCGCUGGUAGUUUCUUUUAUACAACUGACCUGUCUGGAAAUGGCACCAAGGCUCUUCUUGCCUGACAUGUGGAGCGCCACUUGGCUUCGCAGUGGCUCGCCUCAUUUUCUUCUAAACAGACUUUGCGCGAUUAGUGCUGCCAAAGCUUGGCAUCUCAUCUGCUUGUCAAAACAUGUGCGGGUGUUGACAAGACAUAUGCAACGAGAUUAACAGGGUGUACACGGCGAGCCUUUAUUAUAAACCGCACCAUACUUCUGUCCGCUGCCACUUGAGGCAGACUAAACAUGAUGUUGGUACCUGUAAGCACUUAUUAGCAAGUGCUUUGGUAGGAUUUCCCAAAAUGCUGUUAGGGUACAGCUGGACAGCCAUGCACGGUGGACAUAGCUUGACCUCAGCAGCUGCAUCAAUCACCAUGGCGACUGUAUUGAGUUUUGCCUUGAAUGACUCAUUGAAGUUAUUGCUCUGCAUGGAAUUCGGCGUUACACUGAGCAUCUCGCAAGAUGAGUAGUAAUACACAGUUGUGCAUUGACAAUGAUGUGUUUGUACCAAAUGAACACAGUGUGAAAUGUCACAUUGCAACCAUUUUCUUGGCAUGGCCAGUCAAGCACAAUCGCACCUGGCAACUUGUGCCCGUCGUCACGAGCUCAACGUGUUCCCACCUCCCGAUUCUGUUUUUCAGCCCGGUGUCCUUGUUGCAAGCAGUGAGUGUUGUUUUAAGCGGUCUUACUGCUGUUCCCAGUAUUUGGUAUGGCAUGCAGUUGUGAUAGUUCCAUCUGCAGGCCCUGCAGACAACAUCGGCAUUACUGACAUCCCUCUGCGUGGCCCGACACGGCUAUAAUGUUUUAUCCCUGGCCUGUCCCAGUGAAGAGCAUGCAUGCAAGCGCACAUUAAAAGUCAGCCGCAAUGCGUGCGCACAUUUCCCACAUUGUAGGCAUUCCUCUGCUCUUAAAACAAGCCUGCAGGUGCAUGCUUCAGAACUUGUGGUAUCUGUAGCCGACUGUUUGCUAUGAUGCACGCCGUUUUGUUGUCGCACAAACUAGCCUUGGCAUACCCGCUCGCCCUGCAUAUUGUGUUCAUGCCGUGUGGCAAAACAGCACACCAAAGAUUGCAACUGUGUGUAUUUGCUACUGCCAUUGGAAAACAGUGCUGUCUGUUUUUCGUGUGUAAUGCUUGCACGUCACAGCUUUGUUGUUUAGAGCUCACAAUUUAUUUCACCAUAGCACACACAAACUGAAUUUUAACACCAAGCUUUUGAAUGUCUGAGUCUGCUUUGGUCAGGUCCAGCCGCUCCAAGUUAUUGCUGUUAACCAGAAUACUCUCAGUAGUUCUCUUAUAUUGCUGAAAAGAAACCUGGCAGUGAAAUUACUGCCCUUGCAGCCUCAUUUGUUCAUUGCGCAAAUUUAGGCACUCAAGCUAGCAUUUGAAAAUUACUCUGUGUAAUGUUUUUCAGAUACUUAUUUUUAUCUGUUUCUUGUUAACAUAAGGUAUGUUCAUUUUCGUUGAGGCAAUAUUUCACAGCAAGAUCCCCUUGGCUUUUCCUUGACAAAGAUACCGUGGAGCCUCGUGGAUAUGAUUCUGUGUAAUACGUCUAUAGGGAUGAUAUAUAUUUUUUUUCCCCCGAUAAUACGAUUUGGUUGGAUAAUAUGUUGGAUGACACGAUUUUCGGAUGAUACGCUUUAUUUACUGGUUCCCGUGAAGAUCGUAUCAAUGAGGUUCCAUUGUAAUACUGUGCAGAGACCCAGUGCCAUAUUAUGUAAGGGUUAUUUUCAUUUAAUUUUGUUCACUUAUCACCCAUCAUAGUGAGUAGUCUAUACCUGUAAUAAUGGAGGUAAUUAUGCCAUCCAGUGAUGCCGGACAAAAAGUAUGAAAAAAAUCAUUACAUAAUACGGCCUCUUUAUUCACUUAAUUUAAACUUAUUUCACUAUGCAACUAUGUAGAAUUUAUCAGCACCGUGCAAUGACUCAGUGGUUCACUUUUUUUCUUCUCGCAGUAAAACUUAAUUGCCACUUCUUUCUCAACACAGUCCCCAUUUAACUUGUGGUGUGCCAAGAAAUUGUUGCUUCUUAGGGGUCUUUGAAGGAGAGAGGCAGUCUUUGCUUCAACUGUAGCCAACUGCAAUGCUUAUUUGCUCUCUGUUUCAACCCUCGGUCAAGCAGAUUGCUACAGAAAAGAACAUGGCUUCCAUGAGACACGCAUUUUGCGAGACCUCUCUUUUUUUGCAUGCACCAAUGAGCAUGACAACUUUUACUUCGCCAAAGGUAGCAUGCUGUACUUUUGCAGCAAUUCUGUCACAAGAAAGUAUGCAUUUUAUAACCAGAAAGUACUGCAUGGUGAAACGAGAAAGACAAAUUUGCACUUGAGGUACUAAAUUUAAAAUAUUUUUGCAGUGUUUCAUGCGAGAUUUUAGACAGACUUGCAUCCACAUGAAAAAUUGAGCAGAAUUUAAAUAGAUGCCAUCUAGGAUAGAUUUUUUGCUUUGCGCAAUCAGUGAAGAAGACUUUCUGGGUAUACUCGCUCAAGCCGAUGUCAAAACCCGCGGUUUUGUGUUGAUAAAAGCGAGUCUGUGCCCUUGUGCACAUACUUAUCAUGAUUAUGGGUUCCUGUUUGUACGAACUGGUCCACUGUUGAAAGGAACAUAGGAGCACAGGACCUCCAUUCUGUACACUGCGCAAUUGGUGCAUACAAUGUUUCCUUUUUUGCAAGAAGGUAGUGGGUUUGUCACAAUGGUGUCAUUGUGUGUAGUUGUCUACUUUGCCAAGCCAAUGCAAACAUUUUCAGUUAUUUCUUGCAAUUUGCGAAAUGGGUCGUUCAUCUUCGUUACAAGCCAGCUACUUCAGACAACUGAUUUUAGCAAAAGCUGUGUUGUAAUGCCUUUGGCUGCUCUUUGUUGCUACAUGAGCAGACAAUGCGAGACGAGAAUAACCUUCUCAACGACAGCAUUCACUGUGUGGCGGCUACUUGCUUUGGUGGUCAAUUUAAACUGUGAUUCGCUCUGUGCAUGUUUGUGAUGGGCCACUUAAUGUCACAAGGGUCAAGCGGAUACACAAUCUGCAACAGUUCAAUUCUACACAAGCAGCCACGCUUGUUGAUGGUUUUGUUUCGUAGAACACGUCUAAUGCAUUUUUCACAUAGGAAGCAGGAUUGAUUCAUGCAGUUGAACAGCCCAACCAUCGCAGUCUAUGAGAGAUGCCCAAUGCAUAGCUGCAUUCUGCGCCUGUCGGUAUGUGGCUGCAGUGGCCGGGAUUCCAACCCUCAACCUCAUGCUCAGCAGCACAACACUAUAGCCACUGAGCCACCAUGGUAGGCACGUGACCACAGUUGUGCAGUAGCCUGAAAACAUCUUGCAUGAACAUGUUAGUAUCAUGAGAGCCUGCUGUAACUCUUUGAGGAAUGUGUUAGCAGGGUUCUACUUAUGCCACCCUACUUGUUGAUAAGUUGAUCAGCCUGAAACCAAAAAGGUGGUUCUUGUGCGGAAUGUGCCGAAAGGUGGGCACCCAACAAACCAGUGCUUCAUGCACUGCCGCAUCACACUUGUAGGAAUGCUUUUAAAUUUUGUGUGGGCAGUACUAUGCUGGCAAGGGGAUUACAUUUGUGUUUACUUGCACAGCACUGUUUUGAAAGGUGGUGAGUUACUAAGGACAGCAUCAUGUCUAGUCUAGUCUUCUUUUUAUACUCUGUUGCUGCAGAAGCAGCCUUUUGUUAGCUGCUUUUAUUGGCAUUUGUUUUAAGGUAUUCUCAUUGAAUGUCUCUUGUCUGCUGCAUGCUCCUUUUUUACACAUAUCCCCAUGCAAUUUUUAACCCCGUGUGUGCUGAAACAUGCUGCAGAGAUACAUCCUAUUGUUCUCAGAGGAAGUAGGUCACGAUGCAAAACUUGCAGACUAUCCAUUGACCUGCUUAUAACUUGCAAGGCUUUAUUUGGAUGCUGCUGAAGAUUCUGCUGGCAUGUCGAAUAAGAUGUCACAUUGUGUGCAACAGACUAUUUAUCACAAUGUCCCAGGUCACUGCUUUCCUCCACCUAAGUGUGCAAGCACAAAUUUAUGAACAAGAUGGAGCGAUGUUACCCAAACUAUUGCCAUUGCCAUCCUAGGAAGUUUUGUUUAUUCAUCGCCCUACUGGAGACAUCACUCAAAAAGUCAUCGUUUGAAUAAAAAAGCACCACAGGCAAGAAAUAAAAUUUUUACCAGAGUUUAUUUAGCUUGCUCUUAUCUGCAGUAGUGCACAAUUUAGCUGUGCAUUUGAUAAAAUCAGCAUUUUGGAAUACUCUGGGUAUUUGGUACUAUCAAAUUAGGCAUGCUGAAAGGGGCCCUUGAAUAAUUUGCCCCUAAUUGCUGAUUGGUCAAAGCAGGUGACAGCAUGAAAGCUGUAAAUAUCUUUGGUGUUACUCCAACUUCAUGUAAAUGACUGUUUUUUUUUUUUUUCUCACAUUCUGUAGAAAAGCUGAAUCUGUAUAUUUUCAAGAUUUUGCACGGCAACACCGGAGCCCUUUAAAAAAGUACUUUUGUUUGUCGGCGUUUAAUUUUUAAAAACUGAGCCCAGCUUCAUUCAGCACUGACAUAUCACCAUAACUGAAGCGAAGCAUAAUUGCAUCGCUUUUAAUCUGACUUCUCAAUAUAUGCACUUAAGCAAGGUCUUGUUUAUGGAAAUUUUAUGUUAUUCCUCCGUUGCAUGUUCUACUAUUCUGCAUUUGUCUUCCAUCUGUUGCAGUCAAGACCUCUAGAGAGUGUGCUUGUCAAGUGCAAUGUACCUGGAAGCGUUUCUUUUCCUUUUGCUCUACAGCCUGGUUGUCACUGUGUUGUGUGGUGCCUAGCUCAGAUUACUAGGACUGUUAUAGCAUUUCCUCUCAGCUGGACUCAUGUUUUUAAGAGGAUAAACUGGGAUAUGACAGUUGCAAGUUGUCGAGAAUCUGCAGGCUUCAUCAUGUUCAAAUAAAACAGCCAAUCAAGA